AUGACCCCAACUGAUAACAUCCGACUAAAUUUAAAAUUUGGAGCCGGAGGUCAGUCAGGUAACAAUGUGGAAUCUCAGGGACGUGGCCAAACCAAUAAUAACAGAAAUGACAAUAAUAACAACAACAUCAACUACAGUCAAGGUCAAGCUUUUAACAGAAAACAACAGCUUACAGGGAAGCAGGAUCUUAAUUCUCAAAAUGCUUACUCUGGACAAGGAAAUAGACCGGAUAACAAUGGCGCUGCACCGCGUAGUUCAGACGGACAACAAGCUUUCAGAAAUCGAAAUAAUAACGCUGGUGCAUUUUCAAACGAUAAUUCCGAUAGUCAGUCAGGCAACGGCUUUGGUGGUCAAGGGUCUGGCCAAACUAAUAACAACAACUAUAAUCAAGGUCAAACGUUUAACAGAGAGCAAGAAACUUACGCCAAAGAAUCGGUUAAUCAGUGGAGCGUUGUAAUUGAACCAACGCCAAACAGUGCAGCAAAUUCGAACCGAAAUUCCGUUGGAGAAACAAAUGUGAGAGCCGAGAGUCAGUCGGCCAAUGGUAAUGAGCCUCAAGGGCCUGUUCAGACUAAUAACAACAACAAUGGUAACAACAACAACAACAACGGCUAUAACCAAGGUCAAGGACAGACGCCAGGCAGUGCACAUUCUGCUGCACCCUCGGGAGAAUCCGCCGGUCCAAUUAAAAAGCCAUGCACGGUAGCACCGGUCUGUGGGUCAGACGGCUUUACAUACAUGUCGGAAUGUUUCAUAUGGACUGGGGCUUCAAAAGCCUGUGAUGGAUUCUGUCCUUGUCAAAAACCCUCUCCAGUGAGAAAACAAGGACCUCCACCGAAUAACAUACAAGGACCUCCCCCGAACAACAUGCCAGGACCUCCCCCGAAUAACAGACAAGGACCUCCCCCGAAUAACAUGCCAGGACCUCCACCGAAUAACAGACAAGGACCUCCCCCGAAUAACAUGCCAGGACCUCCUACGAAUAACAGACAAGGACCUCCCCCGAAUAACAUGCCAGGACCUCCUACAAGUAACGGACAAGGACCGCCUCCAUAUAACAGACAAGGCCCUCCACCGAAUAACAUGCCAGGACCUCCCCCAAGUAACAGACAAGGACCACCUCCAACUAACAGACAAGGCCCUCCUCCGAAUAACAUGCUAGGACCUCCUCCGAAUAACAUGCCAGGACCUCCACCGAAUAACAGGUAUGGUCCUCCACCAAAUAACAUGCAAGGACCACCUUAUCAAAAUAACAUAGAGGAAAUAUCAUCCCAAAACAAUGGACAGGGACCACCCCCACAAAAUUACAGACAAGGACCUCCCCCUUCAAGUAGGCAAGGACCGCCUCCAUUUAUUAGUCAGGGACCAUCUCCGCCAGGUGUUAGACAAGGACCACCGCCUCCAGGCAGGCGGAGACUACAGCUACCACCACGUCCGGCCCCUACAAUGGAACCAGCUGGACCAACCCCACAGGUUGCGGACGUUCCACCAUCUUGUAACUGUCCGGAAGUGUACCGGCCUGUAUGCAGCGUAACGGGAAGUACCUACGACAACGACUGUCAACGUAGAUGCAGACACGACGGUUUUAAAUGUCAAGGUGUCUGUCCCUGUGGCAAAAAUAGCAAAACAUACCAAGCUAGCGACGUUGCGAGACCUGAUUUGGAUCCUUACAAUAUGCAGCAGACGACAUUUGCACAAACCCAGUCACAAACUUCAACCAGCAACAAUCGCCAACUCGGCGUUCAACAACAAACAACAAGUAUACUUCCAAAUAACGCUCAAGGAAGGAUGCAGACGACCACACGAGGCAUUGGUCUCAACGGCGUGCCCGUCCAACCAAAGCCAACGAGUCUUCCGGAAAUUCAAAGCACAACGUAUGGUGGGUUACAGUCAACAACAACAUUAGCUCAAGGACCAAACGGUGUUCCAGUCCAAUCAGCACAGUCGUCAACAAAUAAUGUAAAUACAAGCCCAAAUGGCGCCCCUGCUGUCUAUGGACCUCCGAACGCAGAGAUAUCGUCAGCCGGAUGGACACAAACACGUACGAUGUCUGACAUAAGACAGUCUGCGAAUCCUUCAAACAAAGCAGCUAAUCGGAAGCAAACGACGAAAACGUCUAAACCUAAAGCAGCGAUUGAGAGGGAGCCAAUAGAGAGGGAGCCGGGCGAGGGAGGAUCAGGGGGUGUGUCAGUGGGAGGAGGAGGAGCAGCAUCCUCAUGUCACUGUAAUGGCAUUUACGCCCCCGUGUGUGGUACAGAUGGAAUAACCUAUACGAACCCGUGCGAACUAUCCUGUUCAGCAGGUGUGGGGACAGCGUGUAAUGGACAGUGCCCAUGCGACCCAUUUAGCUUCGAACCAGUUUACUAUUGUGAAGACUAUUGUAGUAGAACAUACCAACCAGUAUGUUCCAUGUGGGGACAUACAUUUGAAAAUGAUUGUAUGCUGAAAUGCAGGUAUUUUAGCAUUAUUUCCAUACUACUUAAAUGUCUUUCUAGUAAAAUGUCGUCAUUUCGCAAGUUUACAUCCUAUACACAGUUCUCAUCCCACUUUAAACAAAAAAUGAACUUUAAUUGUUUUAUUCUGUCAUCUUGAAAACCAUGAACUUAAAUGAAACAUUGCAUAUUCGACAAUGUUGAAUGAACAAUUUUCACUGAAUGGCAGUCAUAGAUAGUCAUUUAGUGAAUAGUAUGGACAUUUCUUAGUGCCUUUUUCUUAACUGGAAAGAACGUUUUAUUCACCCUUUACCAAGUAAAUCUGUUUUGCGGUGAGCCGACAUGGUUACAAGUUUUCUCUAGCAUAUCAUGUGAUUAUCGUGGGAAAAUUGAUUUGUACCACUAAAAAAUGUAGUUAGAUUACAGUA